UCAGUCUUUAAAAAGGUCAUGCAAUGUUUAGAUUGGUAUAAAAUAAAUUCUUCAGAAAAGAGUCUGCAAUAUUGUUUGGAAUAUUUAUGAAUUACAAGACUAAUUAUUUUACAGUCAAAACAAAUUAGGUUAUUUAGUUUAUUUGCUAGGGACCAGGUGCAAAGUACUUGUAUCAUCUUGAAAAUACGCUUUGCGCCGGAGUGGCGUUCUAUGAGGUAUUUUCCGUCUUUAGUCAUUGAUAACUAUAUCAGAAAUGAUGGGAUAAAACAUAUAAAAUACCUUUUCAUUCUAUCUUUACUUGCCUUUUUCAGUAAGAAUAGUAUUUUGAAGGAGGAAAAAAAAGUGCAAAAAUUGAUCCAUUUGAGAAAAAUUGGUUAAAAACUAGUCAGAAAUUUUAACUUGGCCAUUUUGUGUCGGUACCAUUCAAAAUCAGUGACAUUAUUUUGUGCAAUAAUCCUGGAAAGUGGAAUGAGAGCUUCGCGGAAAGCCUUAAUCCUUCUCCGCCAAGGUGUUAAAUCGGUGUUUGAACAGGUGCAGAUGAAAGGGCUGCAGGUGAGCGCGAAGGAAUGACCACCAUGUGACUCAUCCUCGCACUCUGACUGGUCGCCUCUUUCACCGAGCCGGCGGGCUGAUCAAAGCCGCCCGAGCGUCACCGUCGUUGACAGGCCGGUGUUUUCGCCGUUUCCGGGCGAUGAGAUUAAUCCACGCACACCUGCGCUUUAAUUCGCGACGACCGUCGACUCCGUCAGCGCUCCGUCAACGCCGAGGCUACAGCUGGCGCGCUCACGUAGCCAGAGUGUUAUUAAUCGGGAUCAAAUGUGUUGAGGGGCUUUAAUCGGGUUGGGUAACACCAGGCGUGUCAUCGUCGUGUUCGUCACGCGUGCUGGGUGAGAGGAAGGACUCAAUGGAUAAACCAUCAUCCACUGAUCUAUGUUAAUUAGUAUCCAGUUGGCAAAUGAUGGAGGCGGGGGGGGGAGAACAUGUCCAUUUGGCUAUCGUUCCGUUUCAUGUCCCAAUUAAAUACUGAACCGGUUUAACACUCAUGAUUGUUGACAGUUUUCGUGACAGAUAAGGGAGAAAAAAUCACUAACAAUACACAGUACGGGAUAAUCUCUCAGGUUAAUCUUUGAGAACCUUUUUUGGAUCCUUUGUCAAAAUGACGUAGACUCAUCGGUCUACCCCGAUUCCUAAUUAGCUAUUGUUCCGUUUCCACGCCACAACCAUGGAGUCCGUAGAUCGACCAAACUCUGUGGAUCUUAAGAAUUCGUGAUCUUCAGUGUUAAACAACUUUACGAUUGGUUGUUUUGUCAAACUGUUUUCUGAACACUGGACCCUUUGGUCCCAAGAAGGUGACAUCAUCAGUUUUUAGCAUGACGUAUCGUUCCGCAAACAACAGCAAAGGUGUUCUUGAUAAAGUGCCAUCGCUCCAGAGUUGUCGGUUAGCAGGCGUGUGUUUAUUCUGGAAGCCGCAGCCUUUCGGGUCUGGUUUGACGACUCUUCACAGAUAAGACCGGCGAGUCAUUUUCAAGAUGCGUCGCUUGCGUGUCUGAACAGACGGCCCCUCGAUUGAGUUUCUGUCUAUGGUACCGAUUGAAACCUCAGAGGCCGGAAGAUGUUGCGACACGUUGGUCGGAUCGAGACUCGCGUCUCACCCCGCCCAGGCAGACUGAACACGACACUGACGAUCCGAUGAGAGACGGGGUUAGAUGUGAGAGGAGGUCAUGUGACUAGCAAGGGGUUUGGAAGAGAAAGGGCGGGACCACCCGAACCACUCUCACCUUUUACAUCGUCCCUGCCCAGAGCCUCUCACACACAAGAACCAGCUGGGAAACCAGAAGAGAGAUUGUUCCUUCACUGGGAUGCCUUCCGACUGAACUGGAUCACGUCGGCCAUGUUCGGGCCCGGGCAACUGGUCUCCGCUCUCCUGCCUGCGGUUUUCCACUCACCCGCAGCGCCGUUUUUCCACGCUUUCCCGGCCCGGCAGAUCCUGAUCCCGGCGGGGCCCUACAUCAGCUACGAGUCUCUGAGGAGUUACCUGCAGCCUGAACCAUGCAAGGAGGCGCUGCUGCUGGCCUCACAGGCCGUAGGCAUGGGUCCACUGGUGGAUGGCGUGGACGAACAGAGGCCGCUGAAGCAGCGUCGCGCCCGCGCCAACUACAGCAGCUGGCAACUGGAGGAGUUGGAGAAGGCCUUCGAAAGCACCCACUACCCCGACGUGUUCAUGAGGGAGGCCCUGGCACUCAGACUGGACCUCAUUGAAGCCAGAGUUCAGGUUUGGUUUCAAAACCGGCGUGCCAAGAUGAGGCGUCAGCUGAAGCUGCAGGGCCAACGCGCCGAGCCUCACCCGAAAGGAGAAUGCGCGGACCUCCCGGAUAAAACAAAUCAUCGUUUAAAACAUCCCGCGGACGCUUGCGACGGCGAGCGCCGGCCGAGAGCUCAGGAAGAUGACGGCGGCGGCGGGGGCGACAACUACCCGUGGACGGCGGCCGGUCAGAGGUCGGAGCAGCUGCGCUCCAGCAGCAUCGCUCAGCUCAGGGCCAAAGCCAGGGAGCACGAGGCCGAGAUCAACGGCGCCGUCGGCGUGGCGGCGGGCAUCUCGCCGUCCCCGGCACAGGAAGUGGACGCUGUACACGGUGACUGAUCACUUCCCUCCUUCCUGUUUUUACAUAUCACCAUUACGGACAAAAAAAAAAAAAAAAUGUCAUGCUGUCCUGAUGCGAGAUGAAAAAAUGAUUUGGAUUUUUCACUUCAUUAUGUAGACCUGUAUCAAAAAUGCCUGCCUUUAUAGGACUAAUACAUUUUUUUAAAGACAUUUUUUGUGCAGCGCUUGUAUCGGACCUCAUU